CGUGCAUCGCAGUCGUGCGCAGAUAGAGUAUUUGCCCUAUACACACACUCCAAGUCAACGCCUGUACGCGCAAGUGGGCGGACAGAGACAUUCAUCAUAUGAUGUAUUCGCUUUCACAGAAGCAUGGGCGACCAGCACAUCUGAUCUAGAGUCGGCAAUGUAUUCGCACACCAGGCAAAGGCGUAGGCAAUCAGAGAAGCACAACCGCACCACACGACAUGAAUGACAGCAGCAGUCCGACAGAAAUCGAACGGCCUACCAAACGCAAUCACAUAAGCGACUACCGCACGCACAACCAAACCACCAUGCAGCCCAAACUCAACCCUUAACACCACAUUCCCAAACCAAUCCCUCACGGUCGGUCCUGGCAUGCAAACGUGCGGGUUUGCGCCCUGUAGGGCCCUCGAGAGAUGAGGUCCUCAGGAAACAGACCUGCCCGUUGCUAUGUUCGAGCAUCGGCCGCAUGGUGUGCGCGGCAGGACACUUGAAAAAGCAUUCCAGCGCAUCAGCGCGACCGACAGACACUACCCCCAAUAGUUCAUGACACCCUCAUGAAAAAAAGCAUGAUCUUCUGCAGAGCUGGCGGGUGGAGGGACGCGGUGUCGCGCCAGGUGGCGAAGCAGGGUGAGAGUCUUUCCACUCCAACGGCCGAACUUUUCCGCCGCUAGAGGCACGAACGUGUAGCCCUUCUGCUAACAGCUGGCACCGUACUUGCGGUCCUUGUCCCGCUCCGCCCCCGCAGUUGCAAUGCCGCCCGGCCGACGUGCAUGGCUGCGGUUGACCUGAGUGUGGUGAGCGGUGGAGUUCUCGGGCCGACACGGAUGGACCACCGUGACGUCGCACAGGACACCUUCGCCGUCGAUGGGGAAGAAGAGGUCCAUGCGCUGACUGUUGGGCUGGGCGUUUGGGGGGGUGAUGUCGAGAGAGCGCAGGGGCACUUCUGUGACAGCCGUGAUGCCCACUUCCGCAAGGAUGGCCUUGAAGACGUCCAGCAGAGUGUUGUGCUUGAACACGCGCUCCGCCGUUGCGCGGCUGCAGAGGAAGAAGUGGUCCCUCAAGGCGUCGAUGGCCGUUCCGCACGUGCAUGACGAUGCGAGGCUGGCGAGGGGGAAAGUGAUGCCGAGGGUGAGAGCCGUGGCAAGGCGGUAGGCGUAGUUGUUCAAGCACUUGCGCUUGUCACUUCGGGUAUAUGCGGGGAUGGCCGACAGCCAGCCGGACGACAGGGGCCUCAGGUAGGAGAGAAGGUGGCAUCGAUCACGGCUACCAGCCGGGAAGGACUGAAAGAGAGUGUCGAAGUCCUUCUCUGCGAGGGCCGCGGAAAUCUUCUGCUGCAGCCGAGCUUGCGAGCAUGCGAUGAGCUGCGCGAUAGGGGGGAUGGCGAUAGAGGGGAGGGAUGCGGAGAAAUCGAUGCGGGCGGAUGCCGCCGGACAAGCCAUUCCAGCUGGAGAAGAGAGGCUUCAGACUCGGGCAUCCAGAGUUGCCCACGAAAACGAUCCCACACAUCCCCCACGGUGACGGCCACGGACCCUAGGUGAGCGGCCGGCGCGACACGCGCAGACGACACCAGCCCGAAGCCCCCCAACCGGAUUGGGAGCUGCACCUACCGGUGUGCCGAAGUAGAUAGGGCGCCCGUGCGGUGGAUGCUGGUGAACGCGGUAACCUUCGCAGCAUCAUGUGCAUGGGUGGCCGCUAAGAGCGACGAGGAGGGGGCAAGAAGGCGGCACCAGUAGAGGAAGCAAGGGGACCCACAGUAGCGAAGGAGGGGUUCGCUCCCUGCACUGCAUGAUCCCAAUCGUCGACAGCAAAGGCCACGACGGCGUCGAGGAGGCGCUGAUGCUUGGCGACGACCUCAUUCACUGUGCGCUCGAUGAAAGCCGGGGUGCCGAUCGGGGCGGACAGGAGGAUGAUCCCUUUGGUGGACGCGCGCACACCUCGGCUCGUAAUGGCAGUCGGAAGGUCAG